AUGAGAGAAUUGAAAUUCCACGAGAAAAAGCUUUUAAAAAAAGUAAACUUUUUGGAAUGGAAGAGUACAAACACAGCAAGAGAGCAUCUCGUUAUGUCUAAAUACCAUCUGAGAGAUAGGGAAGAGUAUGUAAAGUACAAUAGAGUUGUUGGAAAGAUAACCAAGAUCACAGAGGCGUUGGCAAGAUUGAAAGAAAGUGAUCCUAUUCGUGCGAGCAUCACCAGAAAGCUUGUCAAUAAACUCUAUGGAAUUGGAGUCAUCAAGAACAAAAAGCUUGUGGACUGCACAAAGGUCACUGUUUCAAGCUUCUGUGAGCGCAGGCUACCAAUGAUUAUGAAAAACAUGCACAUGGUUCCAAAUUCAAAAGAUGCUACGAGAUUUGUUGAGCACGGGCAUGUCAGGCUGGGAUCAAAGAUUGUUUAUGAUCCUUCAACCAUCAUAAGCAAGGCAAUGGAAGACUUUGUGUCUUGGGCUGAUGAGUCAAAAAUCAAAAGAAAAAUCGACGAAUUCCAUGGAGAAAGAGACGAUUACAAGUAUUUCUAA